CGCUAGCUGGUGUAGGAAAAUCUCGUCACAACGUCCGGAGUUCAUAAAACGAAAAACAGUGCUGUCACCGUUUUGGCCGGCAGCGAGCUACAUAUGAUAAAGCCGAGGCGCGCCUCAUAUAGAUCACCGGAGCGAAUGGCGAACGUCGCAGAGCACCGCAUACAGAUCGAUGGCGAGCAGCAGCAGCAGCAGCACGCCGGCGCCGCGCCGGAGAGUUGGCUGAACCUGUUCGUGUACCUGGUGGCGCUGGUGGAGAGGGUGGGCAACGCGCUGGGCACGCUGGCCUUCACCUGGUCCACCGUCGUCCUGCUCGGCGGAUACCCCACGGUGCUCUCCUCCGACGACUUUUGGUACCCCACGGUCUUGGUUUUCUUAGAAGCCGCCAGGCCGAAAAGCAUGAUGAACUUCUAAUGAGAAAUCAUCAUCAGCGUCCGGUAGGCGCUGCACCUUUACCUGAAGUACAUGCUAAUUUUCAGAAGAAUAACAGGUUCAAUGGAUCGAAUAAUCGACGAAACAACUUCAAACGCAAGCAAAAGGGCAAUAACAACAAAAACAAGCCACAUGUACAGGAAAAGGGAAAAGGCAAUUCCAAUCCACAAUACGACAAAUCUAAAGUUUGUCAAAAAUGUGGGUGCUACAAGCACAUUACAAAGAAAUGCCGUACCCCUCGUCAUUUGGUAGAUCUGUACCUACAAUCCGUAGGACGCAAGCAACCUGCUCAUCAAGGACCAAGAUUUGAAUCACAUUUCAAUUUCCAAUCCGACAAUUCCAAGGAAGCCGGUUGUUCGCAAGAUGUCAAUGAAUCACCAAGCAACAACCCAAAAAUCCGAUCGUCCGAGGAUCCAAUGAGCACGGAGAACAUGAUCGUUGAAUUUACUUCAAAUGACAUGUAUGGAGACCUAAGCUAGUUUACCUAUCUCCAAAAUAGAUAUUAUCUAUAUUUAUGUCCAAAUGUUGUUGUAAAUAUUUAUAGUAAAUGUUGUCAUCUAUAUUGUAAUAUUACAUUAUUGUAUCAACAUAUUGGUACCUACAUAUUUGACAUAUGUAUUGUAAAUUACGAUAUUGUAUCAUCACAUUGAUACUUAUAUAAAGUUUGUAUGUAUUCUACAUAUCUAUUAAGAAUUUCUAUUAAAGUUCUUC